GUAGUCUAACGGGGUGCAGACGCCGAGAGAGCAGCGUAUCGUCUUGGCGAGUCCCAUAAAGUAAAUGGAAAAAUAUAACUUCUUUACUUGAUAAGUUUCGCGAUCUGUACAAAUGCGUCUACACGCAAUAAUGUAACUACGGUGCAUCUGAUUAAAUGCAUUUUUUUAUUCUACCUCAGGUGAAAGUAACUGAAAACAAAUAUUAGCUCGGUUUGACAGAAUUAUAUAACAUAAGCACGAAUAAUAAUAAAAAUUAAACUCUAAACAAUCAAGUGAAGUGGGAUGGUACGGGAAGGGUUUAGUUUGGUUGAUCCUAUUAUUCUGGAUUCAUCUCCAGUUCAUGAGAACACUUCUUACUAGGCCUAAUUUGACGAACAGGAUCUUGUUCAGAGAAACAUCCCACUUAGCUGGAGUCCAUAGCAGAACAAGGAAGAAAGGAGGAUGUAACUGAAUACCAUGUGGUUGCUAGGCGGAAUUCUUACUGUUCUUGCUUUUCUUUUAGCAGAAUGGGGAUUACAAAGAAGGAAAAACUCACGAAAGAGAAAACAUCGCUGAUGUUUCAGCAAAAGCAGAAUCAAAACAACAGUAUUUUCUAGUGAAGCCAUCUGAUACAGAGGUUAUAGAAGGUCUUACUGCCAUGAUUCAGUGUAAAAUCAAAAAUUUAGCAGGAGCUGUACAAUGGAGUAAGGACGGGUUCCUUCUGGGAUUUGACCCUGCAAUUCCUGGCUUUAGAAGGUAUUCAAUGAUGAUAGACAAAGGAGAAGGGAUAUACAACCUCCGAAUAUCCAAAACAAUGUUAGAAGAUGAAGGGAACUAUCAAUGUCAGGUUGGACCAGCUCCUGACGAAGGACCAAUCAGAGCUGGAGCAGAACUGACAGUAUUAGUUCCUCCGAAUCAACUUACAAUUAAUGGCAGACCAGGGCACGCAAUACUUCGAAUAAAAGAGGGAGAACGUGUGAAUUUAACGUGCAGUGCUCAUCGCAGUAAACCACCAUCUCGUUUAAAGUGGUAUCGAAACAGAAUGGAACUAAUACCUGGAGCUGCAAAGAUAUUCAUUCGAAAAGGAACGGGGAAACUUGAUACAGUUUUAAGCACUUUGACGUUAUAUCCCAAAAUGGAUGAUGACGAAGCAACGUAUAUGUGUGAAGCUGACCAUUUAGCGCUUUCUAAGCCUUUGACGUCAUCUGUCGCCAUAAGUGUACUUUAUCCACCGGGAAGUCCAAUUAUUACAGGAUAUAGAGAAGGGGAUGUCUUGAAGAAAGGAGAACGUUUGUCAUUAUCGUGUAUCUCCAAGGGAGGAAAUCCACCAGCACAGUUGAUAUGGUAUAAGUCAGGCCAUCAGCUGGAUGCUAGUUAUACCACAAGCUCAGGCCAAACUACCAGUAUCUUGAGGUUUACAGUCACUGCUGCCGACAACAAAGCUGUAUACAGUUGUGAGGCAUCUAGUCGUCUCAUGCACCACUCUAUGUCAACCUUUGUAACUCUUUCCGUCCGUUAUCCUCCCGAGAAAGUAUACCUAAAAGGGCCUUCCGACGCCCGAAGAGGAGAUGUUGUUACAGUUGUGUGUACAACAUCGCCUAGCAACCCAGCUGUACAAAUAAAAUGGUUGGUGGACGAUAAGCUCAUUAGUGGUGGAGAGCAGUUUACCAGAAAUGACAGCGAUGGAUGGAUAACUACGUCCAACCUUACCGUCACUCUCACCAGGCAGGAUCCUGACGUCAAAAGCUUUACCUGUAGAGCUGGAAAUCCUCAGAUUGGAAUAACAGAAGGCAGAAAAGAUAUUAAAGUAACAUACCCACCAGGCCAACCUACAAUACUUGGUAAUAAUGAAGAUGUAACAAUGCAAGCAGGAGCUAUUCAGAGCUUUACCUGUGUUUCCCUUGGCGGCAAUCCUCCUGCUUCCCUCCAGUGGUAUCGAGGAAAUAAACAGAUUAGUACGGUAUCCCGCGUGACAGGGAGUGGUGUCUCAAACGAACUGGUGAUUAAGGCACGACGGGAAGAUAACGGCGCCACCUAUCGAUGUGAAGCUACUAAUCUCGCAACUCCUCAACCUCUGGUAGUAUUGAUGAAGAUUUCUGUAAAAUUUCCUCCAGGAAAUGCGUCUAUCAUUAUCCAACCGGCACAGCCUCGAGCAGGCGAUGAGAUGUUGGUGCAGUGUUCGAGUGAUAGAAGUAACCCUGAAUCUCGCAUAACGUUGAGAAAGUCUGGCCAUGAGGUUCAAAGUGAUCACGUGCAAGUAGUAAGAGCUGAGAAUGGAGGGUAUGUUACCACCAGCUUACUCAAGUGGAAGGUAACAUCAGAUGAUGAUGGAGCCGUCUUCACUUGUUUAGCAUCUAACGGCGUCACUGACAGUACUGCUCGAGAUGACAUUACUAUUUCAGUUCUAUAUAAACCGGAAUUCUUAGAGACACUGAAACACGUCGACAUCAUAGAAGGCAGUUCAAUAGUCGUAAAUAUGUCAGCUGUGGGUAAUCCGAAUGUAAUCAGGUAUUUCUGGACUCACGGCGGGCUUCGACUUCCUACUCAGGAUAAGAUGAUAACCACAAAAAAUGGUCACAUUGUGACUCCACGGAUGAGAACGGAAGGGCCUGUGCUUCACUUAAGAGAUCCAAGUCGCAAAGAUUCGGGAAACUAUUACUGUGUCGCGCAGAACACUGAAGGAACAUCGAAUGCAACAGUAGAGUUCAAUGUUUUGUAUCCUGCUGUAAUUCUCAACUUAACCGAAAACCAGAGGGCUGUUGAAGGAGACAAUGUUACCUUGGAAUGCUGGGUAGAAGCUAAUCCCAUAAACUACGAUACGAUAGUGUGGAAAAAACAUGGUACAACGAUUGAACUUCGUACGAGGUCUUUUUACCUGGGUCGAUCUUUUCUUGAACUGGUUAACGUGACGAGAGAUUCGGCGGGAAAAUAUGAGUGCAAUGCUUUCAAUGGUGUGGGUGAUAAAGAUGUUAUGGAUGUCGAAGUUGUAGUGAUGUACAGUCCAGUAAUUCUUCAACCUGUCACACUGAAGAAAGUUGGUUCAAAAACAGGUGGCGCUGCAACAAUAAACUGUACCGUUGAUGCUAGGCCAAAUGUAACAUUCACAUGGUAUCUAGGCAACCAGCUAAUAAGCUGGAUGACCACCAAUUCCAACUACCAGGUUGAUUACCAAAACAAUGAACAGACAGUGUGGACGAGUGUUCUCCACAUCAAGAAAGUUCAUCCUUUGACUUAUGGAGAUUAUACUUGUCGAGCCGAAAACUACUUAGGAUUUUCAACUGCAAUGGUGGAGCUGAUACCAGCUCGUAUACCGGAAAUACCAACAAUGAUGUCUGCUUCCAAUGUCACACAUAACUCAAUUCUUCUCUCAUGGAAACCUGGUUUCAACGGUGGUCUUCAACAGAUAUUCAACAUCUUCUGGCGAAAAACUGGUGAAAAGCCAUUUUUUACAGCUGAAAAUAUAACUGUUCCGAAGUUCCUUGUGUGUGAUUUAGAUCCGGGGACGGAAUACGAAUUUUACGUGUCGGCCAUUAACGAAGUAGGAAUAAGCGACAAGAACGGGAGAGGUCUGAAAGUACAUACGAAGCCUGCUCCAUCAAUGGAUUCCACAAAAGCUGUUACUAAUGCUGGAAAAAGCAAGGAAGCCCAAAUUUCCAGGGUAGUCUGGAUGGCUUGCGCUGUUUGUGGUGCCAUGGUGUUUGUGUUAAUCUCCUUAAUUGUGGCCUGUUGUAUACGAAGGAGCCAACGUCUACGAAGACGAGCCGAAGUUGCUCUUCAGCUUCAACGUUUGAACCAAAACGAUGAUAGCUACAAGCCAGUGAACAACACAGACGGUCAACCUUUCUAUCUGUCGGGAAGAACAUCCCAAAUGAUCGAAGAAGAGCAUGGAAACACGGAUCACAUUCAGGCUUCAGAGCACGGUGUUGCGUGGAAAAAUGUCUCAAAAAAUGAAGAAUCUCAUGGUUCGCGGCCUUCUCACUUAGAGGAGUGGGGAGAUGAACAAAUACGGAAACUAGAAAGUUGUGAAAGUUUAGAAGAAGAUGACCACUGUCCUGAUAUCCUAAAGCAGUACACACGCGUGUGCAAGGAUUUAACGGAAAAUGUGCUAUUUCUGGCAGAGAGAGAAUCAACAAAUCAAUCGUGCUUUACAAAUAGCUCAGAAGAAGUUUCAAGGAGUUUGCUUUAUGAUUGUCAAGUUAAGAACAAUAAAGAAGUUACAGAAAAUAUAUCGAAUUGUGCGGAAGGGGAGCGAUUCCCUGAGACUUGUGCUUACGAGCCCCUUCUAAGCGCCCACAUUAAAGACACCCAGGGUGUAAUUACAAGCUGAGAUCGAUAACACCAAGAAGUUACAUUAAUGAACAUCACGUCAUGUCACUUUCUCUGUUCCGAAAACUUUAAUGUAAAUGGUUGUGUCCAGAAUACCUUAAAGUGUUAAUCACAUAAUCAUAGAAAUCCACCAAAACAACAUGCCACAAAACUCCCCUCAACACACCAGCAGUAUUCGGGUGUGAAAUGUCUCACGUAAUCGGCAUUCAAUCCAUUCAGUUAACUCAUAUCUUCGUGAAUUUUUAUGUCGAUAAGCAAUAGUUCAGUUUCACUCUUAAAUUUUACUGGGCUGUAUGAUUUAUCAAUAUCAAAAGAUAUUAAUAUUAUAUUGGGCUAUCGUAAACCAUACUAAAACCUCGGAAAUAUGGGUUGUAUAUAAAUACGUAUUGAUCAAGCACUAUUGUAAAAUUGAAUUUAAGUUGUUCAAAAAAGGGGAAAACAAAGUGUCAAAAUAACGUGAAAAUAAUAAAUAUAUUUCUUAUAGCAAGUUUUGGUUUGUACGAUGCUAAAGGAUUUUUUAUAAAUGAAAUUACGCAUGCAAGAUAUAUUAAGUUGAUUGUUCGAAGUUUUAUGACCUAUCUGGUAUUCAGUUGAUAGAUUGUUUACCGAAAACAUUUUAAUAUUUGAAGAAUUACAAAUUACGGUUUGUAGAAGCUCAUAAGGAUGAUUUUUUUUCUGGUUGUGAUAUCUAAUGGGCUUGCUUGAAUGUUCAGGCAAUUAAAGCAAAAUCUAUUAGUUUUUGUUUGUCGAGUCUUCCAUUGCGACUCUUUACAAAACAAGUAGUUCAACACUGUUUGAAUAAUUUUUCCUGUUUCUUGAAAAACAAACCACCAUGCUUAAUAAAUUGUUGAUGAACUUGGUUGUGUUUGUGUCCAUUUUAGUGUAUGUAAAAUUUUCGUUUGUAUAUACCAAAGAAUAUUUAAAGAAGGAAUUGAGUUGUUAUUUUACCAGUUGUGGCAUGCUUAUCACAUUGGUAUUUAUAGAAAUAAAAUCUAUAUAAAGA